AUGGUGAUAAACUACGAUUUGCCCAACAACCGUGAGUUGUACAUUCACCGUAUCGGUCGGUCGGGUCGUUUCGGGCGGAAGGGAGUGGCAAUAAAUUUUGUGAAGAACGAAGACAUUCGCAUUCUUCGCGAUAUUGAGCAAUAUUACUCCACACAAAUCGACGAAAUGCCAAUGAAUGUCUCUGACCUUUUCAUUGGCUCCUUCAGUUUGGUGACUUUAACAAUUGGUGACCCUCAAUUCUUGUACUUCCGAAAACUUAUUUAG